AUGGUCAGCGACCUGCUACACCACUUCAACACUCACAAGGCUCUGGGGCCAGAUGGGAUCCACCCAAGGAGCGGCCUGUACGGGCUGGACUCGCCGCUGGAGUCGGCCGAGGGGCUGCUGGUGCUGCCCGACAGCCCCGACGCCUUCAACGCCUGCAACGCGCUCACCAACUUCAGCGGGGCCCCCCCGCCCGGCGGCGGGUCCCCGGGCUGGCUCGCCCUCAUCCAGCGCGGCGGCGGCUGCUCCUUCGCCGACAAGAUCCGCCUGGCCGCAGAGCGCGGCGCCGCCGCCGCCGUCAUCUACAACUACCGCGGCACCGGCAACGAGGUGCUGCCCAUGUCCCACCACGGUGCUGAAAAGAUUGUUGCAAUUAUGAUUGGCAACCUGAAAGGCAUGGAGAUCCUGCGGCGGAUUCAGAGCGGCAUGAAGGUGACAAUGGUCAUCGAAGUGGGGAAAAAGCGCAGCCUCUCUAUGAAUAUCUUCACCAUCCUCUUCAUCUCAGUGUCGUUUUUCGUUGUUGCAGCAGCAACCCUGGGCUGCUAUGUCUCUUACUCUGCUCGGAGACUCAUUAUUGCAAGGGCCCAGUCCAGGGAGCAGCGACGACUACGGGCCAGGGCUAAGAAGGCCAUUGAAGAGAUGCAGCUCCGCACCUUGAAGGAAGGGGACAAGGAAACUGGUCCAGAGGGGGAUUCCUGUGUUGUGUGCUUUGAACAGUACAAGCCAAAUGACGUAAUGCGUGUUCUGACUUGCAACCAUGUUUUCCACAAGACCUGUAUUGACCCCUGGCUUCUGGAACACGGGACGUGUCCACUGUGCAAAUGUGACAUCCUCAAAGUUUUGGGUGUUGAGAUGGAUGUAGAAACACGGUCUGAGUCUGUGCAAGCCUCAGGAUCCAGUGGGCAGAGACCUCUAUCCACUGUCACUAUGGUUAAUGAAGACGAUAAUCUCAGUGAGACAGCGUCAUCUGGAUAUGAUUCUGUACAGGGCCCAGAUGAAUCUGCUCAGGAAGCACAUGCACCAUCAGAAAAUGACAACACACCUCCUGUAAAUGAAGAAUCCCAGCCCUCCACUGUGACUGGCCUUUCGCACGGUGACAACCCAGGUUUUGAGGGAGAUGAAACGCCAGCUUCUGAGGGCAGGGUCGUUUGUGAAGUCACACUCUAAGGACGUGCCCAGCAACACGGUGCAAGCCUUCUGCGAGGAGCUGCCUACUGCCAUUCCAUAUAUACCAAAAAUUGCAAGACUGCUGCAGAAAAUACUGCGUUGGCAAUGUUAAGAUAAAUAGACUUGUUCAAAUCACAAUUGUAUGGUUUGCCUUUCUUAAAACUGCAUUUCCCACGUGAGUUUUAGCACUCUUCAGAUAAAGCUGUCUUAAAUAUAAAGAAAACCAGCAGAUUCUAACACUAAAACAAAAGUUCCAUCUUCAACAAAGCUUCUCCUCAGUGUUUGAGUUGUUUAAAUGAGAAGAUUCUUUAUGUUGUAGCUGUCUCUACUGGGAACUGUUUUGAGUUGGGUUUUUUUUGUUGUUUAUUGUUUUAAUUCAAGUGGAUUUUCAUUGUAAACAAAUUAAUUUUUGAUCUGGUCUAAUGCUUAUUUACGACACACGGGGUUUUUUUGAACAACACUGUAUUUAAUGUUUCAGUGCACUAAUUUGAUAGGAGAAAAGUGCGAACUAAUGCUUGUAAAACUGGAUUUCGUCCACAGUGUCUUUGGUUCUCUAGUAAACCAACUGAUUCUCUACCUCUCAACUCCAACCUGCCAACCACACAUUCCUAAAGGGGAAGAAAAGAAAGCUGCAAGCUGACAGGCCAAAUCUGACUUGCACAGUACCGUAAAGGGAACAACUGCAGGAACUUUUCAAGCCUUGUAAUGUUAAACAGUCUGAAAGAUCCUCAAGUGACUUGGGAAGUUAUAACCAUCUCUAGCACCAGCAACAUGCCAGAGUCCCGGCUUUGUGGGAAUCUGGGGUGACUUCAGAAAGAGUAAACUGAAGAUGAAAAGAUAGAUUCUUCCCAAAGGAUCUGCUGUGUUUUGUUCAGAAAAUGAUCCAGCCUCUGAAAGAUGCUGCACUGUUGCUGUGCGUUGUCUUGCUCAAGUGCACCAGCUGCAGGGAGAGCUGACGUCCUGUGAGUGUGACAGAGGGCUGGAGAAGCUGUCUGCCACCUGUGUGGAGUUGGGAUGGGGUCAAGGAGGAACACUGGGUGCCUCAAUAGUAAGUGACUUGGCCUUGCCCAGCAAAGGUAACUAAGGACGUCUUACAAAUGCACUUUAUUUUUUUACCUCUGUCUCUCUGACUAGUUUCUAAUAUUAGCAGGACUUUGUCUUAAAGCCUGCAAUAAAGAACUUCAGAAUCUGGAGGGGAAAAGCAAUGCAUUUUAUUAGUUAGAGUACAAAUUAAAUGGUUGUAAAUAUUUCAUAAUUUGUAUUGAAUUUGAAUAUGAAAAUGUAAAUAAAACUCUAUUUUUGAUGAUCCUGA